GUAACUCUCAACAGUGGAAUUCCUGAAAAAGAUUUGGUCCGAAAUGCACCUACUAGCACACAGAUCUCAGUGACAGGGAGAGAACAAGUUUCUACGCUGGUGGAGAACGCCGUUAGUGGGAACUCUAUGGGUACUCUGAUCGUCCAGCCCUGGGGGUGUGGAGAGCAAAACAUUGCUAGGAUGACCCUACCAGUCAUUGCAGUCACAUAUUUGGACAAAACCAACCAGUGGGAAACUGCGGGCUUUCAGAAACGUAACGAAGCCCUCCAACACAUCAAGACCGGCUACCAGAAUGAGCUUAACUACCGUAAAAAGGAUGGGUCUUUUGCUGUUUGGGAGUGGAGCGAGAGCAGCACCUGGCUGACAGCGUAUGUUGCCAAGGUGUUUGCCAUGGCUGACAAUCUGGUGGCAGUGCCAAAAGAACACAUCUGUGAAGCCAUCAAGUUUCUGAUUCUCAGGGCACAGCAACCUGAUGGCUUGUUUCAAGAAGUUGGAACGGUUAUCCUUGGAGGGAUGAUUGGCGCAGCAGAUUCAGAUGCCUCCAUGACAGCCUUCUGCCUCAUUGCCAUGCAGGAGUCUCGCACACAAUGUGCUGCCUCUGUUAAUAGUCUGCCAGGCAGUAUAGACAAAGCAGUGAACUAUCUGGAAAGGCGUCUGCCCCGCCUCACCAACCCUUAUGCUGUUGCCAUGACGUCGUAUGCCCUGGCCAAUGAAAACAAACUGAACAAGGAGAUCCUCUACAAGUUUGCUUCCCCAGAUGGGUCCCACUGGCGAAUACCUCAGGGACACAUUUACACACUGGAGGCCACAGCUUACGCUCUUCUCGCUCUGGUCAAGGCCGAGGCAUUUGAAGAAGCCAGACCUGUUGUGAGAUGGUUCAACAAGCAGCAGAAGGUGGGCGGAGGCUUUGGAUCAACUCAGGCUACUAUAAUGGUGUACCAGGCUAUAGCAGAGUACUGGACUAGUGCUAAAGAACCAGAGUAUAAUCUGAGUGUGGACAUCUUUAUCGAGGGCAAGUCAAAGCCUGACAAGUUCAACUUCAACAGGGACAACCACUACGCCACCAGAACAUCUAAAAUCAAUGAUAUAAACAGGAAUGUGACGGUAAUUGCCACGGGUACAGGAGAAGCAACAAUGAAAAUGGUGUCUCUGUAUUACGCUCUGCCUAAAGAAAAGGAAAGUGACUGUCAGAAGUUUAACUUGUCAGUGGAGCUCCUGCCAGAGAAAAUGGAGGAGGAUAAGAAAACAUACAAGCUGAAAAUAGAGUUUUUGUAUAAGGACAAAGAGAGGGAUGCAACCAUGUCAGUCCUGGAUAUUGGCUUACCAACUGGCUUCACCGUUAACACAGCUGACCUGGACUUAUUGUCUAAAGGAAAAGCCCGCAAUAUUGCAAAAUAUGAGAUGAACACACUGCUGUCAGAAAGAGGCUCACUCAUCAUCUACCUGGACAAGGUUUCUCACACACACACAGAGGAGAUUGCUUUUAGGAUCCAUCAGGAGAUGAAAGUGGGAUUCACACAACCAGCUGCUGUGUCUAUCUAUGAUUACUAUGACCAAAGACAUUGUGUCAAAUUCUACCAUCCAGAGAGGAAAGCUGGAGAGCUACUGCAGCUCUGUACAAGUGAUGCAUGCAGAUGUGCAGAAGAGAACUGCAGUAUGCAGAACAAGGAGAAAAUCACCAAUGAGGAGCGAACAGCUAAGAUCUGUGAGAGUACACAGACCAGCAUAAUAGAUUUUGCGUACAAAGUGAGACUGGAAAGUUUUGAAGAAGCUUUGUCCACUGACAUUUACAAAGGGAAGGUACUGGAAGUCUUCAAAGAAGGAAGUACUGAUGUGGGUCCUAAGAAUAAACAGCGCACAUUCCUCCGGUAUCCCCAAUGCAGGGAGUCUUUACUUCUGGAGACGGGCAAAACCUACCUUAUCAUGGGCACGUCCAAAGAUAUUCACAGAGAUGACCAUCAAUCGUAUCAGUAUGUGCUUGGAGAGAGAACCUAGAUCGAGUACUGGCCCACAGAAGCUGAGUGUCAAACUGAGGAACACAGAAUCACCUGUUUGGGCAUAGAGGAGAUGGUUCAACUGUACGAGAUCUUUGGGUGUCAGCAGUAGUGAAACUCAAGAAAAGAAAAUUGUUUUUGAUUUUGCAUCAUUCUUAUUAUGUAAAACAUUCCCUGCUAUGGAUUAUGAUGGCUUACA